UCUCUCUCCUUCAGAGGAGGAGGCGGAGGGGACGGCAGCCCCUCUCCAAAGUUUGGAGCUGGAUGCGGGCGACGCGGGGAGGCGAGGCGAGGGAAAGUCCGCCGCCAACUUGUCCCGCUUGGCCUUCCUUCCUCCUUCCUUUCUGCCCAUUACAGAGACGGACCUUGGUCUCUCUCUCCGCGGUGGCGGCUGGACCCUCCUUCCUCCUCUUUCCUCCUCCUCGUCGCACUUGAUUCCUCCUGCCUUUCUUCUUCCUCCUCCUCCUUCCUGCUCGCACUAUGGAGUUUACUGAGAGGAAAAGAAGCAGGAAAUCCCAAAGCUUUAAACUGAUAAAUCAAGACUAUCAUCAUGAGCAAUACAAGAUUUCUGACUACAGUAAUGAUGUUAAUGGGGAGGCCAAAGAAGUGCAACCGUUUUAUUUAGGAGAUGAAAGCCGGGAAAUUAAAAAACAAAUUACAGGGAUGAGAAGAUUACUGAAUGACAGCACUGGAAGAAUAUAUCAGCGCGUUGGCAAAGAAGGAGAAAAACUGAAGGAAGAACCUCAGGAUUUAGAUUUGGCCUGGGCUCAACGUCUAAACUCUCCUGUAGAAACUCAGGCAAACCCCCAUUCGUCUCAGAGUGGCACUUGGAAUGACUUAUCUCCACAGACUAGCCACUAUUCAGGGCAAUAUGGAACUCGUUCCAAGACCUUCCAAAACCAAGCUAAAACCGUAGGCUCAAAUGGAGAAAUUCCAGCAACUAAUUCCUCCCCUGGCUCAAAUUGUUGUACUUGUAAUUGCCAGCCAGCAUUGGAAGCCAUUCUUCAAGAGCUUAAGACCAUGAGAAAAAUAAUGCAGAUUCAAGCAGCAGCUGCUCAAAACAGACAGCAGCCUUUAGUCCCCCUGGUUAGUGCACAGAAAUCAGCCCUGGCAAGAAAGAGAAAUAAAAAGAAAAAAUUCCUCCCAAAGACUAUUGAACCACUUGCUGUGAAUAAGAAGCCCAACACUGUAGAGCAUGAAAGCAAGCUAUCAGCAAAUUCUGAAAGGUCAAGUGGGGAAACAGCUGAAUCCUCUUUGAAAUUGGAGCCACAAGUUUCAGGAUUUGGCAUUGUCCUUGAAUCUUCCUCUUCAGAUCCAGAAGUGCAACUUGCAGAAGGCUUUGAUGUCUUUAUGGCUAAAUCACAACUGGACUCUAUAUUAGCAAAUUAUACUCGCUCAGGAAGCCUGCUCUUUAGAAAACUCGUGUGUGCAUUUUUUGACGACAAGACCUUGGCCAACUCCUUACCCAAUGGCAAGAGGAAAAGAGGCUUGAAUGACAACCGAAAAGGACUAGACCAAAAUAUCGUGGGUGCAAUAAAAGUGUUCACAGAAAAAUACUGCACGGCAAACCAUGUGGAUAAAUUGCCUGGCCCAAGAGACUGGGUUCAAAUUCUACAAGAUCAAAUCAAACUGGCAAGAAGACGGUUAAAAAGAGGUUCAGCAGAGGCAAAUGACUGUGAUGAGAAACUGGACAUUUCUCUACUCCAAACAGGUAACCUUUUUGAAGCCACACAUUCUGCACCAGUAUUUCAUUAACGGAUUUGGACAUCUACAUUGGAGCAGGAUACCAGCAACAUUUCCAGACUACUUCAAUAUUUGUGUUCUGUUGUAUCAUGGCCUCUUGCAUUUUCUUCAUGCUUUUGUAACAUGGGAUAAUGUAGCCACUAAAUUACUUGUUUCCUUUUUUAAAAAUCAAAAUAGGCUUCUUGAGCAGCAAGGAUUAUAGUGCAGUUUGUCUGGUUAUCACAAUAAUAGAACAAAAUUUGCCUUUAUGAUUGCAUUUUCAUACAUAAAUAUAUGCAUGCUGGCUAUUCCAUUUCAGUUAAGUGGAGAAAAAUAAACACAGCUAGAGGCCUCUUUCCUUUCAGGAGGGAGCUCUGAAAGGCCCCAUUAUAUAUUGGUUUCUUUUGUAAAAAUCACAGGAUGAAAAUAAUCUAAGUAGUUUCAUCAAUCAUGAAUUUUUAUCUGUUCUGAAGACCCUCUCUCUAUUUCAUAUUAUAUUGUUGUUAUUAUUGGGUAAAAAUGAUAAAUUGUCUAAAUUUAUAUCUAAAAAUGAGAAAGAGUAUCAAUGUAUUUGACUGUAAGAAUCCCAUUCAUUGAUACCGAUAUAUUGCCUGGUGUUUUGUCCAGAACUGGUCCUGUUAAAUGUGAUACAAAUUGUUUUUGAGAGUGCUCAGAUGAUGUUUUGCAGACUCUUUACCUCUCCCCUAGCCUUUGAGUCUGGCAGUACUGUCUUGUAGUUCCAAAAAAAGAUUUCAAGAAUUUUUGCUGCCUGUAGUCUUUAUUCCCUUUUUAUAUACGCAGCUUUUUGGUAAUGUUUCCAUGAGAUUUAGGGAAUAUACAGUUCCAUUUUGUGUGGUGGUGAUUGGUUUUCAUACCUUCUCAUGCCUACCUUCUUGCCUCAUGCCAAAUGGGUUGGUGAAUAGUCCACAGAGAAAAUAAUAUAUUUGAUAAGAAAAUGCAUGUGAAUGUGUGUCUUGUACAGGGUAAGGCAGCAUAACUUCCUUUUUUAAAAUGCGUGCCAUUCAGUUGGUUGAAGACAUAGCAGAACACUAGUGGUCUAGUAUGAGAGGCGGGAGUAUAAAACUUUGUUCUGACACAGUUCAGUCGCCAUCAUGCGUUGGAACAGUGAGGAGCGUGCUUUUGCUGUUAAGGCCUCCUUUGCGAGCGGAUUUGGAGUGACCAGCCCACUCUCCAGAUU